AUGGCUAAAAUCGGUCAACAAAAAGAAUCUGAAAUGGACGAAGAAGACACGCGGCUGCAGGAAGAACUAUUUCAACUGGCCGAUGUAUUACUAGACGAAGAUGCAAUGUUGAUAGCUCUAAGUCAACUUCGAUUACUAAUGCAAACCUCGACUACCUCGAUGACUUCUGUACCAAAACCACUCAAAUAUUUAAAGAAGACGUAUAAUGAUAUGAAAAAUGCUUAUGAAAAUAUUCAAAACGAUAAAGUGAGACAUCAAUUCGCGGAAGUGUUGAGCGUAUUAUCGAUGGCAGGGGCAUUGCCAGGAUCCAAAGAGUGCCUUCGAUAUUGCAUCCAAGGUGAGGUAACGAAACCUGGCGAAUGGGGUCAUGAGUACAUAAGACAACUCGAAGGUGAAAUCGUAGAUGAAUGGACAAAUUCUCCUGUAAAAGAAGAGAAUCGUAUAAGAACAGAGCUUACUCCUCUAGUGAGAGGUAUCAUAAAAUUCGAUAUGAAGCAUAACGCAGAGAUACCUGGUUGCGAUCUAUGUUUGGAGAUCGAUCAAUUGAAUUUUUUAAACGAGUCUUUGGAUAUCACGAAUUUUGAACGAGUCUGUCGAUAUUUAGAGAGUUGUGCAGCCUACAGCGAGGAUACCGAAAGAAGACAAAUAUUGCAAGUCGUAGUUGAUCAUUACUUACGAUUCAAAGAAUAUUGCAAAGCAAUGUUAGUAGCCCUUCAAUUGGGAGAUUCGGAUCUUGUACACAAAUGUCUCGUCACUUGCCCUGAUACUUUAAUGCGAAAACAAUUGGCAUUCAUACUCGUUAGACAAAGGACCCCGUUGAAAAAGGAUUAUCAAGGAGAGGAUGCAAAGGAUAUCGAAGCCAUUUUGAGUAACAGCCACGUAAACAAUCAUUUCCAUUUACUCGCAAGGGAACUCGAUAUUUUAGAACCCAAACAUCCAGACGACAUUUACAAAACCUGGUUAGAAACCAAUACCCUGAGACGCGCGGAACACGAUUCAGCCAGAGCCAAUCUAGCAGCCACCUUCGUUUCCGGUUUCGUUCAUGCUGGUUUCGGCCAAGAUAAACUAAUGGACAACACUACAGAGUGUUGGGUUUAUAAAAAUAAGGAACACGGAAUGCUUUCUGCAACCGCUUCCUUGGGAUUGAUACACAUGUGGGACGUAGAUGGUGGAUUGGUACCUAUCGACAAAUAUCUUUAUACGAACGAUUACAACAUCAAAGCAGGUGCUUUACUUGCUAUAGGAUUGGUUAAUUGCGGCAUUCGCAAUGAAUGCGAUCCAGCACUGGCACUUCUCAGCGAUUAUGUGUCCUCUGAAAACGCCACGUUGAGAAUCGGUGCCAUUUUGGGUCUAGGUUUGGCUUAUGCUGGCUCACAAAGAUCUGAUGUUACGGAGCUUCUAACGGGAGUUCUGGUGGACAAUGGAAGUAGCAUGGAAGUUAUGUCUUUGGGAGCAAUUGCGAUAGGGUUGAUAAACGUUGGUUCUGCCGAUGCUGAAGCUUCUUCGACCCUUCUACAGAAACUACUAGAAUUUACUCCUCAAAAGUUAUCUAGUACCCAUUCUAGAUUUCUGUCACUGGCACUGGGAAUGGUCUACAUGGGUUGUCGCGAUAUCAUAGAGGCUUCUUCGGCCGCACUUGAAGUCUUACCAGAUCCUUACAAACUUGCUGCGCAGACUAUGCUACAGGUGUGUGCAUAUGCUGGGACAGGGGAUGUAUUGAUUGUUCAGGAAUUGUUACGAAUAUGUUCGGAACCGGUGGAUGGUGAAAGUAUUCCUGCUACGCCGGCUAGCAGUCCUGUCAGCAGUUGUUGCGAUCAACGCCAUCGAAUUAUCGAAUUUUCUGAGAAAAAAACCAAAGAGAAGUUAGAAGAGAAACAACACGGGGGAUCAAAAGAAAUCGGCUCGUCGCAGGCCAUAGCUACUUUGGGUGUCGCUGCUGUUGGACUGGGAGAGGGAAAAGAGAAUUCGAGGAUAUUCGGCCAGAUUGGAAGAUACGGAUCUAUUUACGCAAGACGAGCAAUGCCACUGGCCCUAGGCCUAUCCUCUUUGUCAAAUCCAGACUUGGCAGUUCUCGACGUCCUAAAUAAAUACAGCCACGACAAUGACUCCGAGGUAGCCAACAGUGCAAUCUUUGCUCUCGGUCUCGUCGGUGCAGGAACAAAUAAUGCCCGACUUGCCACCAUGUUGAGACAAUUGGCCUGCUACCAUGCAAAAAAUCCCUUACAUCUAUUCCUCGUUCGAAUUUCCCAAGGCUUGGUUCAUCUUGGCAAAGGUACUUUAUCCAUAUCUCCGUUACGGUAUGGCUCCAAAAUAUUGGAUAGAGCAGCCUUAGCUGGAUUGCUGGUAGUUUUGGUGGCUUUUCUCGAUUGUCAGAAUCUGAUCCUGGCGAAAUCUCAUUACUUGAUGUACUGUCUGGCGCUUGCAAUGGAACCCAGAUGGUUGGUCACUUUGGAUGAAAAUUUGCAAACUCUACCGGUGUCCGUAAGAGUUGGACAAGCUGUAGACAUCGUAGGCAAAGCUGGCAAUCCUAAAUCCAUCUCUGCUGGAUACGUGCACACAACGCCAACGUUGCUUUCUUCUGGAGAACGGGCAGAACUCGCUUUAGACGAGUAUGAGCCGUUAUCUUGUAUUCUAGAAGGUUUUGUUAUUCUUCGGGAAAAGUUGAACAGCUCCUAGAUUUAUUUCUGAAAUAAUAACACAAGACGAUGGGUAAUAAAAUAAAGCCAGAUUGCGAAAGGCAACGCUGGGACAAAUGGUUUAUUUAUUUCACGAGAUAGUAAUAAGAAACAUGAUCGAUAGAAAUGUAUUAUGCAAGGCGAAGAAUUUACUAGGAACCAAAGUGCGAACGAUGUUUAUAUACGAUACAUUAUAAUUUUGUUUUUAAUAAAAAGUAAAAAUAAUAUUUUCGAGAAAAACAGUGUAAAAGAAAAUCUUGUACAAUGACCGAUCGAUAACUACAUAUGUUCGCAAUGCAUCACUUUGACAACGAUGAGAACGUGAAAAGAACGCAACUGAUCCGAGCAAAGAUUCAAUCGCGUCUAUAAAUCGCUUCGAUUCGAUAAGAAUGUGAAGAGACGCGUGAUUCAGCUUCUUUCUUUGUAUGUUGCGUUUAUUUAACUUCAGGGACUAGCGGAAGCAAUGUGCUCUAUACAACAGAAACGUACAUUGGUUCGCAUUGCACGGUGUAAACGACAAUGAUGCACCAUGAUCUGACAGCGGUCACGGUAAGAAUCACUUUAUCAUUCAUUGUCGUAAAUUAAAACUUAUAAACGUAUGACUCUCUUCAUUCGAGUAAAAAUGAAAAAAAAAAAAAAAA